CUUCUCGACAACCAUGUAGACCAUAUGACAGGUAAAAGUCAUGUCUUAUUUGCAGCAGGAUCCAAUUCUGCCGGUCAAUUGGGUCUAGGACACCUUGACGAUAGCCAUAUCUGGCAAAGGUGUACGAUAGACAACGAACAAUCUUAUCACUCUUUUCCUGCUAUCGGAUCACGAAUCGUUCAACUUUCUAGUGGAGCAGCUCAUUCGGUAGCAAUCUUAGAGGAUGAGGAGAAAGGCAGGCAGGUUUGGGUGUGUGGAAGUGGCGCAGACGGUCAAUUAGGUCCGGCACAUUGGAGAUGGUAUGAGGAAAAAGAGGACGACAAGAUGCCAUUGCUUACGUUUACGAGGUUGAAUAUUGAAGAUGUUUUGGAGAACAGCCAUCAUUCAACCGACAGCAGCGCAUGGUCACCUAAAUCGGUGGAAUGUGGCUGGGACUGGACGCUGAUUGUUCUGGAAGACAUCGAAAGCAAGCAAGAUGAUCUGCUGUUGGUGCUUGGGAUCAACAAUGAUUUUCUACAAUUAGGCUAUCCGCGAAGCAAAGAUGCAAAGACUUGUUCACAAAUCAUUGAUCUACGGUCUUUGUGCGUUCCAAAAGAACAGAGUGGAGCAACAAGAAUACAGAUCGGAUCUAUCGCAUGCGGUCUGCGUCAUACGAUCGUAGCCUGUUCUGCAAGAAGCGAAAUGGACUCGGUACAGAAUCAACAUUGGCUUCUCGGCUGGGGAGCUUCUCGACAUGGACAAGUUGGAAAAGUGCAGACUACCAACACUUCCAUCUCAAGUCGAAGUAAAGUUGCCUUGGCUUGCCUACCAAGAGUGAUCAAAGGAUGGCGAAGUAAGAGGGAUGGAAGUGUGAAAGGAAGAGGUUUGGCUCAUUUGGCAGCAGGUAAAGAACAUUCUGUGAUUUUGAUCCCGCAUUUAUGGGAAAUAAAUUCAAGCAUUGAUUCGUGUGGAUUUGAUCAAGUCGAAGAAGAGCAUGGCCUUUUCAGCUUUGGAUCAAAUCGGAAUCAACAAUGUGCGUUGAAUGCCCUUCCAUCGAUCGAGAAAGUGCAAUGGGACAGGACAGAUAUACUCGGUGCGACGUGGAAUGGAACAUUUCUCGUGUUGUCUGACAAGACAAGUAUAAAUCAAAUUGAACUUAGAUGUUGUGGAAACAAUACAAAGGGACAGCUCGGUACAGGCAAUGCUAAGCCGUUGCAUGAGACUGAAUCGGGUCCGAUACAUAGACUGUUGAUCGACGAUGCAGAUCAUGAUAGAUUUGCGCUGCAAUCUGUGCAGCUUGCAUGUGGGAGUGAACAUGUAGCACUUCUGUUGGUCUCCCAUACUUCUCCUCCACAGGCUCGCGUGAUAGGAUGGGGGUGGAACGAACAUGGAAACCUAGCAACGAAUGACGAAGAUGAUCGACAUACGCCGAUCCAGCUUUGGCCACCCGAAUCAGAAAAUUUGGUAGAUCAUCCAACCUUUCGAUAUGCCAGGCCAGUCAAUGUAUGGGCUGGUUGUGGAACGACGUUCAUUCAAGUUGAACUGUAA